AUGGAUUUCCCCGAGCUGGAGAUGGAGGAGCGGAUCUAUGCGAGGAUAGCUGCAAGAAAAGCCAUGAAGUGGUCUUGGAGACGAUACCUUUUGGAGAGUGACGAAUCAUCGGAGGGUGGUAUCCCUUCCCAUUCUCAAAAUCGAGGGAAAGAAUCUGGUCCAUGGAGCACACCACGCAGGCAACAACCAGUGGGGAUUGGCCUAUUGAACAAGACACUGCGUACCACACAGAAAACAAGACUACCACAGCCAUCUGCACAAGACUUGACCAGAACUACAGGUCAUCAUGCCCAAUCUUCGAGCGGAUCUGAAGUUAGGACGACGUCUGAGAACUAUGGUGCGUUGCCUUCCUCUUACAGAAGACUUCGAAAGGCAAAAUCCAUGCUGCCAACGCACCGUCGAACAUUGGGAAGCCAGGAGAGCCCCCUGUUGACCCCCCUCGGCCACAGCCGAAUCCCCCGACGAGUGAGUAGUUUUGCUGCUCUAUCGACAAGCAAUUUUCGACUACGGUUGAAACGAUCCUUGACAACACUCCGUCCCAAAAGCAAAAUUGUUCAGUACUCAGCAUUCACCGACGGGCCGAGUCACGACCAGGCCGUCCAAAUUGCUCGAGCACAAUUUAUUGAUGAAGAACAGCAGGGUUCGGAGCGCAAACAACCAGCGCCAUUAAGUUUAAAGUCGAGUGUAUAUCACAAGCCAUUCAGCAAGAGCCUCAAAACAAGUCGAAACCAGGACCUGGACAAAUAUCCCACUCCUACUGCGAAUGGAGUACACUCUCCACAAACGGAGUUGGGAAAGAGAUCAUUUUCGGCUUCACUACGCGACAGACUCCGCAAAGCGCUUGGUAAAAGUGGGAAGGAUAAAGAUGGCAUGCCUUCACAGCAACUCGAGGCUCGAAAGAUUCAUUUUGGUGAGCUCGCGGGCGACACGGAAUCUAUAAGUGGAUUUGACGCAUAUUGCGCCGACGAGGAAAAUCAGAGCCGGCGGCAGAGCGUUUAUUUCCCGUCGACUCCCGAGCACGAUGCUCAUGAGGAUCUGGACGAGAUGCCAUACAAUCUUGAAUUGACUGCCAGUCGGGAAAGCCUGCACUCAAAUACACGCUCCCGUGUGACAAGCUGGACUGAUUCUAGCAUGACUGGGUCUGUUGGUCUUCGAUCAGGACUAAUCGAGCGCAACCGGUUGUCCAUCAUCAAAGAAGACGGUGGGCCUCAUCAGCCUUCCUCUUCAGUGGGUCGCCAUAUCGGCGGAGUCUCACUGUUCCAAGAGCCAUUACGCUCGUCCGCGAACGAAGGACGCAGCUUACCUCCUGUGGAUAGCCAAAGCGUCUACGCAGCCUUAAUUAAUCGCAUUAACCAAGAAGAAGCCGAGGUCGAAAGAACUCGUUUAGCAUUCGAGGCGAUCCAUGAUGAGAAUGACAAUGAGGGUGACAACCCCCCUGGCGCCCCUGGGCCGCCAACCGAUGCUAGACCUACAAUCCGGGUUGUGCACAGCGACUCGUCCCUAGCCACAAUGCUUCUGGAGAAUCGGAGUCAACAUUUCAGCAGCCGUUCUUGUUCGUGGGAUCAGCCGGAAGGCGGCAUGACACCUGAACAGCAUAAAGAAAACCUGGAACGGAGGAAAAAACGACUCGCGGCACAGGAGUCGCAGUCAAGCUUUUUUCCUUUUUCUAGUGAACAGAACCCAAUUGCCUCAAGUCCUUUCCAGAAAUUUCUGCACGACAGACGGCAAAUUGAGCGAAGAAGCAACCGGGGUGAGAGCUCAGACCUCGACGGGAGCAGCGUCGUCAUUCCCAAUCGCGAGUCAAGCAGUUACGUGACAGGAAGGCCGCACUUUGCGGUCAGCAGCGACAGUGUCUACUCUCACACAACAAACGGUGGCAGCUGCGAGCAUUACAGACCUCCUAUCGGAAGCUCCGAAGAGUUGUCAGUCCCGACCGAUGCUGGGUCAGAGAUAGCUGGCAUGGCGACAAUACUGCCAACCGUAUAUUGUCGUUCGCGCUUCAGGCCUCUUUCUGGAACGGACGGCCACAGCACCGGUCAAACGAACAUUCCCGAUUGGAAUCCUUGGUCUGACACUCGCCAAGACAACGAAGAAUCCCCGCCUGAUACUCAUAUACGGGAGCCGGCCCAGAUCGAGUCCGAGGAGGCCACCCGAAGCGGCGAGAGAGCAGUUCUUGAGACUACUGUGCAAAUUGACCAUUCCAAUGACAAGUGUCGUCCUCUCAACAUGAAUGUUGUCCCGAAGAGCAGCACUACGAAGUCAAACAACAACCUCAGCGCCAGGGAAAGCCAUACGGGACUGCUCUGUACGACCCCUGGGGAUGUCUUGCAUACUAUCUCUAACCGGGCAGAGGACGGCAGGAAGAGGGGCGAUAGCCUCCGAAAGCUUAGCCCAAGCAAUCUGGCCAAGGUUUUGAGAGAAAAGAAGAGCAGAAUCAUGACCAGGCAAGGUGAGGCAGGCAAGGAAAACAUUCCGGCAGACCAGAGCGAAUCUCCUCCCAUAAGAACACCCGGGAAGUUACGCCUCCAGUUUCGAAAUGGAAACUCGACAGGGCGAUUAAGGAAAAGAGCUAGUGAGGCGACGUACACCUCUCACAGAGAACCCCAUUCUACUCCUCAAAGUGCGUUCAACUCGAACUCGACCACACCCAGCGGUUGCGAGGAAAGUCCAAGUGAGAAAGCCAAGGACCAUCUAGCCGCACGACUCAGCCGGCCAUUCAACAUGGAUGUACCUCCCCACAAUCGCCCGUUCGACAGCAUGUAUCUGGGCAAGAGAACCCCGGGCCACCCUGACACAAUAGGGAACAGUCGGUUGAGUGUUGCGCCUCGUGUCCCGCCGAAGUCAGAUGCGUCCCAUGUGCAAGACUCUACUGAACACGGUGCGACUGGCACUGAUACCUUGCCAUCAGAAUCGUCCACGGCGGGCCGAAGCGCGGCCAAGGUGUUGGGGUUGCUCAACAGUAAAAGAAUGGUCAGCAACUUUCUGAAGAGUCGAAGGAAGGAAAGAAGUGCAAGUGAAGGUGGGCAGAGUGUGGCAGGUGAGAGUCAAGCGUUUAUCUGA